AAUCGUCAUCGUCGUCGGUGCCUUCCUUUUCAUUUCUAGAGAGAAAAGAAAAGGAGACGACGAUUGUCUUCUUUCCAUCUUUCUAUAUUCUCUCGGUUAAUCCAUUAUUCAGAGAUUCAUCACACGAUCCCUGAUUUUCACGGGAUCGAUCCGGACUGAAUCUGUAUUUUUUCUCAGAUUAAUCGGCUACAAUGGACGAGUUCGGUGUCCUUACGGAGCGCUAUGGGAUCAAGCCCCAAGGCAAAUCUGCUCCAAUGGCUGCCUCCAAGCGUUCUCACAGCACUCCCAAUCCUCAGACCUGGAAAUCGACGACGACAUCGUACGCUUCCUCCAAUAAGGUAUCUGGUAACGGAUCUUCGUAUAACGGUGACGACAUUUUCUUCACCUCGAGCUCGAGUACUACCAUGAACGGCGCGAGUUCUGGUGGAUUCGAUGUUUUCGGUGGGAUGAACAAUAAGAAUAUCACGUCAGCGCAUGCUGAUGACUUGUUUGGUGCUCCCAAUAGCGUUGGAAAUGGUGAUAUAUUUGGAUCAUUCUCUUCCUCUACGAAGCAAUACGCUCCGGUUGAUGAUCUGCUGGGUGAUAUGGCUGGAUUUGGUCUUGAAUCCAAGGGCUUGAACCUGAACAAUUCACCCGGUUUUGGAAAGAAUGGUUUUGAUGAAUUGAUACCUGGUUUUGGUGCUACUUCUCACGCCACUAGAAGCAAGACUACGGCAUCGAACUUUGUUGAUACUGACCCUUUUGUGGUUCUGGAAUCAACUAUGUCCGGCGCACAUUCUUCUUCCGGUAUGUUCGUGGAUCCACUAGAUGCGUUUGCUGCUUCAGUCAGCUCUCAGGGGCAAAAACCAUCUUAUAAUUCUUCUACAAAACUCAAGCCUCCUCCUAAACCAACGCAAAAAGUUAACAGAGCUAAGAGUUCAGUAGACGAACUUGACCACUUUGCCAUGGGUACCAUGCGCCGUAGUGCCUCGGCCUCUGACGCUGCUAGUCAAUAUAGAGAAGCUGAGGAGACGAAACAGUUUGGUGUUGAUGACCUUGACUCCUUUUUCAGCUCUGGGCCUCGUUCCAGCAGUGUACCAAAAUCACGGACAGCAACUCAAGCACCUCGCAAGCCAGCAGUCAACGUGCCAAAAAAGACGGCUAAUGGGAUUUCUAGUGCAAAGAAGCCUCCUCCUGCUCCCGCAAAUCUGGUGGAUGACUUUUCUGCGCUUUUUGGAGAGGAUCCUAUAUUUAAAGAAUUUGAGGAAAUCCCAGGGGAGACCGAAGAACGAAGAAAGGCCAGAUGGGAUCGUGAACAGAGAACAAAGAGCCGUGUGGCACAAGCUGUAGCUGAUAUGAACAACCGUGAUCAUCAAUCUCGGAUUGAACAAGAACAGAGAACUAGAAUUUCUGAGACUGCUGAUGCUGAGAUAAAGCGUUGGGCAACUGGAAAAGAAGGAAACAUGCGUGCCCUGUUAUCUUCCUUGCAAAUCGUACUCUGGCCUGGAUGUGGUUGGGAGGCUGUUUCGCUAACAGAUUUGAUCACUUCUUCAGCAGUCAAGAAAGUCUAUAGAAAGGCAACGCUGUAUGUCCAUCCCGAUAAAGUUCAGCAGAAAGGAGCCACCCUUGAACAGAAGUAUAUUGCCGAAAAGGUUUUCGACAUUUUGAAGGAAGCUUGGAACAAGUUCAACAAAGAGGAGCUCUCGUAAGCCCAUAUAUGUUUCGGAUCUAGUUUCCCCCAGAGUUCUUCGUUUCAGGUUUGAGAACAGUUUCCUUCCAGUUGAGCUUGAAUCAGGACAGAGUACGUCUAGCAAUGGUUGAGUAAGAGGUAGAGACACUUAACGAGACUUGGUAACUGCUUUUUUGUGUCUCUAUGUAUCUUUACCCAAAAUCUUCUGCGAGUCUCCUUGAGUCUUGUCUCUCUCUCUCUCUUUUAUUCUUUAACAGUAACCUGGUACUUUUCAUCUUUAUGUUACACCAUUUUUUUUUAAAAAGACCAUGGGGAUAUUGUAUAGCCCCAAAAAAACAAUAGAUUUACUUUUAUAUGAAUAUAUAUGUUGAAUGUU